AUGCAGUCAACAUGGACUCUGAAACCCAAAAGGGUUGGCAAGAAAGGUAAACACAUUGACUUAAGUAAAAUUUCUAAAAUUCCAUUUCACAAAAGGGGCAACAUUAGGGCACUUUCAAUAGCAUUAGGUGUUUCUAAGAGCACCAUUCAUAGGUUGAUCAAAAGUGGUCAAAUCAAGCCACACACAAAUGCAUUGAAAUCAGCACUUACAGAAAAUAAUAUCAUGGAAAGACUAAAAUGGUGCCUCAAAGCCAUUGAUCAAGACAAUGGUAUGUUCAACGAUAUGUACACCACAAUCCAUUUAGACGAGAAAUGGUUCUACAUGACAAAAGGGACACAACGUUAUUACCUACUCCCAGGUGAAACACAACCUUAUAGAACGUGUAAGAGCAAAAGAUUUGUCACAAAAGUCAUGUUCCUAUGUGCCGUUGCUAGGCCACGAUUUAAUGUAGAAGGAGAAUGCAUUUUUGAUGGGAAAAUAGGAAUGUUUCCGUUUGUCAGGUGGGUGCCAGCAAAAAGAAGAAGCAUAAAUAGGCCAGCAGGUACAUUAGAGCUCAAACCAGUUACCUUAGUCACAAAAGAAGCUUAUAGGAACAUGUUAAUCAGACAAGUGAUCCCAGCAAUCAUGCAAAAGUGGCCAGAUAACGAUCAAGGUCCAAUCUAUUUGCAACAAGACAAUGCAAGACCUCACAUAGAAGUACAAGACAGAGACUUCAUGGAAGCUGUGCAAAAUUCCAACAAAGACUUAAGGUUAGUAUUCCAACCUCCGAACAGCCCAGAUAUGAAUGUGUUAGACCUUGGAUUUUUUAGGGCGAUACAAUCCCUCAAGGAUCAAACAGCCCCAAAAAACACCAAGGAGCUGGUCAAGAAUGUUAAAAAUGCAUUUAGGGAGUAUUGUCCAACUAAAGGGAAUAGAGUGUUCCUUAGUCUCCAAUUGGUGUUAAUUCAAGUGAUGAGAGUAAAGGGGAGCAAUAAUUACUUGUAA